AUGUCCAACAUAAAAUCUUCUUUCUCUCCGCCGCCGCCGCAUCAUCCCAAUGGCAGCGGACCACCGAUAUCCUCCUCCUCUGUGACGCCGUUCAAACCCUUUCCCAUACCCAACAAAUCCACGCACAGGCCAUCCUUCACGGCCAUCUCCCCCACAGUGGCAUACACUGUUCUAGCCAGUGGGUCCCAAAAAAGCUACAUAGAUGCUGCUUCAGGGUUUCUGAUAUACAACGACUUGUUCAGGAACACUGGUUUCCCGCCAGAUGAUCACACAUUUUCUUUUGUACUGAAGCUUUGUGCGGAUUUUUUAGAAAGAGCAAAAGGGGAUUUGGGCAGUGUUGAGAACCUGUUCAACGAAAUGCCUAAAAGAGACUUGAUCGCAUGGAGUACUGUUAUUCGGGUAUUUUCAGAUAACGGAUGUUGGUUGGAAACUGUUAGGUUGUUCAAGGACAUGGUUUUGGCGUCCAGGUUUAGGCCUGAUGCGGUCACUGUUGUGAGUGUGUUGCCUGUAUGUGCAGGGCUCGAGGAUGUAAAUUUAGUUAGUUCGGUUCAUUGUUACGUCUUCAAGAUGGACCUGAAGAAUGUAGUAUCGUGGAAUUCCAUGAUCGGUAACUUCGCUCAAAAUGGGAGAGAGUUGGAAGCUAUAGAACUUGUUAGGGAAAUGCAAGCUCAUGGUGAAAUUCCUAACUCUGUUACUUUGACAAAUGUUCUUCCUGCAUGUGCCCGACUAGGUUCUCUUCACCAGGGAAAGGAAAUACAUGCCAGGACAAUCAGAAAAGGGUCUGCCUUUGAAUUAUUUGUCUCAAACGCAUUAACAGACAUGUAUGCUAAAUGUGGCUGCCCAGAUCUUGCUCAAAACGUAUUUGAUACAUCUCUCAGAGAUGAAGUAUCCUAUAAUAUAUUAAUCACAGGCUAUUCUCAGACAAGUGAGUGUCACAAUUCUCUUAGCCUGUUUUCAGAAAUGGAACUGGUGGGGAUGAAACAGGAUAUAGUUUCCUACAUGGGAGUACUCACCGCGUGUGCAAACAUGUCGGCAAUCAGAAAAGGAAAGGAGGUCCAUGCAUUUGCAAUGAGAAGGUUAUUUCAUGAACAUCUUUUUAUUGCAAAUUCACUUCUAGACUUUUACACUAAAUGUGGAAGGACCAACAUUGCCAGGAAGGUUUUUGACCGUAUCCCUUUGAGGGAUGCUGCAUCAUGGAAUACCAUGAUUUUAGGGUUCGGAAUGCUUGGAGAAGUAGGUACUGCAAUCAAUCUCUUUGAAGCCAUGAAGGAGGAUAACUGA